AUGCACUACUCAUACUCCUCGCUGGCUGCUCCAGGUGGCGUGGAUCAGCACAAUCGGUGCCUGGGCAACCGGGCCUGGUGUGUCAAGGAUAUUUGUGGGAUUGUGUGCGUGAUUAUGACAUGGCUUCUCAUACUCUUUGCGGAAUUUGUGGUCUGUGGCCUGAUACUGUUGCCCAGUUAUAGUAGUUACGCCGCUUUCAGUACCAUUAAUAUGAUUAUAUUCCAAGCGCUUGCAUUCCUCGCAUUUGUCUCACAUUUGCGCACCAUGCUCUCCGAUCCGGGUGCUGUGCCGCGUGGUAACGCCACCAAGGAGAUGAUUGAGCAAAUGGGCUAUCGCGAGGGUCAGAUGUUUUACAAGUGCCCAAAGUGCUGCAGCAUCAAGCCAGAUCGAGCACACCACUGCUCCGUCUGCCAGCGAUGCAUACGAAAAAUGGACCAUCACUGUCCAUGGGUGAACAAUUGCGUUGGCGAGAACAAUCAAAAGUACUUUGUACUCUUUACAUUUUAUAUUGCGUCGAUAUCAGUGCACACGCUCUUCCUGGUGAUGUCACAGUUUGCGGAGUGCGUGAAAAAUGAUUGGCGAAUAUGCUCACCUUACUCCCCACCAGCUACCAUAUUCCUGUUGCUCUUUCUCACAUUCGAGGGCCUGAUGUUUGGCAUAUUCACCAUCAUAAUGCUGUCUACGCAACUGAAUGCGAUACUAAACGAUCAAACGGGCAUUGAGCAACUGAAAAAGGAAGAGGCGCGCUGGGCUAAAAAGUCGCGUCUUAAGAGCAUUCAAUCGGUAUUUGGACGAUUCUCAUUGGCCUGGUUCUCGCCCUUUACGGAGCCAUCAUGUCGCAAUAAAUUCAGCUCGCAUUUUUAUUCAGUCUGAGGCAUCGCUCGGGAUUCCCCAAGGAUGUUAGCUUAAACGAACAAUAACCUCUACGCUCCUCGACCCUGUUAAAUAAUUGUCACCUGUUGACUAUUGCUGUGCAAUAAUCAUAGUUGUAGUCCGUGUGUAUCUGUAUCUGUGUGUGUACAAGUAUUUACUUAAACUUAACAUCAAUGGACAUGUGUUGCUUUUGCCUCAUCAGGUGCAACAUGAUUAUACUUACUAAUACUUAAUUGUUUAACUACUCGUACCAUAAAACAAGAGAGAUUUUACCUUGUGAGAGCGUCGUGCAAGUAUUUAUUUUAUAGAGAAAAAUAAUAAACAUUGAAAACAUGCGCAAA